UUUUCAAUAGACAGAGAUUACUUUCAGGAGAUUGGAACAUAUGAUGCUGGAAUGGAUAUUUGGGGUGGAGAAAACUUAGAAAUUUCUUUCAGGAUUUGGCAGUGUGGUGGCACUUUGGAAAUUGUAACUUGUUCACAUGUCGGGCAUGUGUUCAGAAAAGCAACACCAUACACUUUUCCAGGAGGUACAGGGCAGAUAAUCAACAAAAAUAACAGGCGGCUUGCAGAAGUCUGGAUGGAUGAAUUCAAAAACUUUUUUUACAUCAUUUCCCCAGGAGUUACUAAAGUUGAUUAUGGGGACAUAUCAUCACGCCUUGGACUAAGACGCAAGCUGCAGUGCAAGCCUUUCUCCUGGUACCUGGAGAAUGUUUAUCCUGAUUCCCAAAUUCCACGCCAUUACUUUUCUCUGGGAGAGAUAAGAAACGUGGAGACGAAUCAAUGUCUGGAUAACAUGGCAAGAAAAGAAAACGAGAAAGUUGGAAUCUUUAACUGUCAUGGAAUGGGUGGCAAUCAGGUUUUCUCAUACACUGCCAACAAAGAAAUUCGAACAGAUGAUUUGUGUUUAGAUGUAUCCAAACUUAAUGGCCCAGUAACGAUGCUCAAGUGCCACCAUCUAAAAGGAAAUCAGCUUUGGGAAUAUGAUCCAGUG